UUGACUUUGUAUUUAUACAGGGGAAGAUGGGGGUAAGCCAUCAUCAACGUUGUAAUCGCCACUUCCGGAGUAAGCAACCCCCCUCCGCGAGUACAAACUAUAAAAGUGUGUUUGAACGGUGCGCGUGUGAGUUUUAGUGGGUAUCGUUGCAGUCGGUUGUUUAGUUUUAACGUUGACAGAAAUAUACUAUAGCGAGAUUCCUUCAGUUUUUUAAGUAAAUGUGCGUAAACGAUGGACGUCGCUGUAAAGUGGUUUAUGGUGUAUCCGCCAGUUUCCUUAUGACACGGUUUGGCCCUGGCUAUGGGCGGUCAUUUUUGGGCCCUUAUAGCGACUUGGACGUUUUUGUGUUCAAUAAGAGUGGUUCUUGCGGAUGAAAGUUUUGAACAGGAAUUAGGUCUCAGCGCGUUUCCGGACGUCACUAAGGUCAACGUCAGCCAAGACGAAUACACACGUAUGAUGCGAACGUACCUCCAUACACUUCGUGAGUCAAUGGAUAAUCACUCCGUACCUGAAUUACAAACAUUUGAUGCAGAAACCAUAACCUGGCAUCCGAAAAAGAAAUACGUAACCAGACUGGGGUUUUCGGGAGUGAGCAUGAGCUCCGAAAUGGAAAUUGAACAGGCCGAUCUUCGAAUACUAGUGUCUUCUUUUGUCGACGCGCCCUCGCCCACGAUAAAAAUUUACCAAAUUCUUAGUGCACGUCGGCGACGUUUACUUGAUGAGAAAGUGGUGUACUUGUCAUCGACAGCUUCCAAAUGGUGUGAAUUUGAUGUAACAAGUGGUGUGGAUAGUUGGUUAAAGGGGAACAGGAAUUUAGGGAUUGAGUUACAGUGUGCUCAGUGUAAUAAUAGUGUUCUUCAACCUUUACAAGCAACUCUCAGUAUUUUAGUUUAUACAACUCCGAAACGAGUCCGCCGUUCUAGUCCGUAUAAUUAUGAAGAAGGUGGAAGAACUGACUGUAUCAAUGGAGAGAAAAGACAGAAGUGUUGCCGACAUACUAUGAAAGUAACAUUUAAAGACUUGAAAGUACCUCAAAUAAGUUCCAUUAUCCAGCCAAAGUCUUAUGAAGCGGGUUUUUGUAAAGGACGGUGUCCUUACAACUACAACCAUGCCACAAACCAUUCUCGUAUUCAAAGUUUAGUGCAUAAACUCGAUCGAAAAGCUGUGCCUAGAGUGUGUUGUGCGCCCUCAAAGCUCGCGCCUUUAGAUGUAUUACGUGUGGACCCAUAUGACUAUACAAAAUUAAACGUAGAAAAAUGGGACAAUAUGAAAGUAUUAGAGUGUGCGUGUUCCUAGUCUUUACCAAAGAUUUACGAUCAACUGACGGAAUGUACGGGUCAAUUAUGCAUUUAGAUGUUUGCGUAUUACCUACUUUUAUGUUGCUGUGAUAUUAUACCUAAAUGUUUAUUACUGUUAUUGUAUUUAUUUCACUUUUUACUGUAUAAGACACAUCUACAAUGAUACUAAUGUGAAUAAGUA